AUGUUUCCACCGCAGAAACGCUUACCCCAACCCGAUUCUGACCCGACUCUAGCCCCCGACUCUUACCCCUGGUCCACAAUCCUGCUUCAACUACUCGAAAAACCCCGCCCGAACCCGAGAAAAACCAAAAACAAGAUGAACGCUACGGGCAAGCUGGACCACCGACAGGGGGCGUACUCGCGUGUGGAAAAAAGUGGGGAGCCAGGGGUAUAUAAGGAGCUGCCUCGCGCUGCUACGGACAAUAACUCUUCUGUGCGGACGGUGGGACUACCACCGCAGCCGCCGCUGCCGCAAUCGCUGCUGCCGCCGUCGCUGCUGCCACCGCAGCCACCGCAGCCGCCGCUGCCGCCGUCGCUGCUGCCACCGCUGCCGUCGCUGCCGCCGUCGCUGCUGCCACUGCUGCUGCUACCGCCGCCACCGCCGCCACCACCGCCACCAACACCAGUGGUGAUGACUCGGUACGCAGAGGAUCCGCGUCGCCCUGCGCCGUUCGCGGGGUGGAACCCGAAUGAGGAGGUCCACGGGAACAGCUUGAUCCCGUGGCGCCCACUGGUCCGAAUUGACCUGCCGAACGAUAGAACCAGGGACAAGGCGACACAAACGGACGCGCCGCUUCCUCCUCCUCCUCGACGGCCGCCCAUGAACACCGCGGCCACACGACAACGGCCCACGACCUCGGCCGAAACACCGCGGCCACAAUUGGCACGCAAAAUUGCGAAAACUUCGACGGGGUCUCCGUCGAAGGGGAGGAGGAAGACGUGCAUCAUUUGCCCGCUGUUGCCCAUGACCGUGAGGAAGCGGACGCGUCCGCGCCUGGUGACCAGCGGCGCGAAGAAAAACAAGCCAGCGCAGUAG